GAGAUCCUGCAGGGCUGGAGAGAGAAGCGAAGUAAAUAUCCGAAGAGCUACCGAGGGGCACCGCUGUGCUUCCCGUGUAGCCUGGCGGCGGGGGUCGGGACGCGAUGAUUUAGUUCCGUUCCCGGUGCGACAACAACCUAAAGGGAAGGCAAGCCUGACAACGGUGGAAUCAAAGUUAUUUCAAUGUUAUUUUUAAAAGUCGGACUGUUUGAGCAUCAUGUCCGGCUCCAGUAAUCUAAUUUGGGAUGUGAGGAAGCGCUCCAUCGGGUUUCACGACCCGAAUUCGAUCCGGAUUAACUACCUGGGAAGAAGGGAAUUUGUCCAGAGGCUCAAAUUGGAGGCCACGCUGAACGUGCACGAAGGCUGUGUGAACACGAUCUGCUGGAAUGACACCGGCGAGUACAUCCUCUCAGGAUCCGAUGACACCAACCUGGUCAUCAGUAACCCAUACAACAGGAAGGUCAAGACUACCAUUAACUCAGGGCACCGUGCCAACAUCUUCAGUGCCAAGUUCAUACCGCAAACCAACGACCAGCAGAUCGUGUCCUGCUCCGGCGAUGGCGUCAUCUUUUACACCAACACAGAGAAGAGCGCCGAGCUCAACAGACAGUGCCAGUUCACCUGUCACUAUGGCACGGCCUACGAGAUCAUGACUGUCCCGAACGACCCCUACACCUUCCUGUCAUGUGGCGAGGACGGCACCGUGCGAUGGUUUGACGUCCGAAUGAAGACCAGCUGCACAAAAGAGGACUGCAAAGAUGACAUCCUCAUUAAUUGCCGGCGUGCCGCGACCUCGAUCUCCAUCAGCCCACUGGUCCCGUAUUACCUGGCUGUGGGAUGCUCCGACAGCUCUGUGCGCAUCUACGACCGGAGGAUGCUGGGUACUCGGGCCACAGGGAACUACAUGGGCCGUGGCACCACGGGGAUGUGCGUGCGGUUCGUGCCAGCCCACCUCUCCAGCAAGUCGUGCCGUGUGACGUCGCUGUGCUACAGCAGCGACGGGGAGGAGAUCCUGGUCAGCUACUCCUCAGACUACAUCUACCUGUUCAACCCGAAGGACGACCAGGCACGUGAGCUGAAGGGGCCGUCCGAGGAGAGAAGGGAGGAGCUGCGUCAGCCCCCGGUGAAACGCCUCCGGCUGCGGGGCGACUGGUCCGACACGGGGCCCCGAGCACGGCCCGAGAGCGAGCGGGAGCGAGACGGUGAACAGAGCCCCAACGUGUCUCUGAUGCAGAGGAUGUCAGACAUGCUGUCGCGGUGGUUCGAGGAGGCCAGCGAAGCACAGAGCAGCAGGGGGCGCAGCCAGCCCCAGCCCCAGCCCCGGCCCAGGGGCACCAGAGCCCAGCCUGAAGGGUCCGCUUCUGCCCCAGAAACCGCCCAGGAAGACCCUGUUCCCCCCGAGGCCUCCAUGGAGGUGGAGACCCCCGCUGAGCCGCUCCCUAUGUCUGCCUCUUCGUCCUCCAGCUCCUCCUCCACAGUCACUGCCCCGCCUCCUUCGACAUCCUCAUCCCUGGAGAGCCCGCCUUCGUCCUCACUGCUGUCUUCCCCUGAUGUGGAACAAAAGAGCCUGGCUGCAGCCCGCUGUCCCGCCCCCACCCCUGACCCCGCCCCCACAUCGGACUCUACCCCCCCGACAGAGUCUGCACAGACGACACAGCCGUUACAGUCCGAGCCUGCCCGUCGCGGGGUACCGGUAAGUGUAGUUUGCAGACGCUUGCAGCGGCUGCUUCUGAUGGCGGGCCCCCCGAGACAGCAGGAGCGCUCGUCCACCCACCCACCCGCUGAGGGCCCCAGCCCUGCCCGCAGGGCCUCAGGGGCCUCGGGGGCCCCAGUGCCCCCCACAGCAGAUUCUCCCUCGUCCAUGGUAAACAAACAGCUCGGAUCGAUGACCCUGGACGAGCAGCAGGGAGGCACAGAACCCGGAACCGGCAGUGGUUCCGGUUCUAGCUCGGCUGGUGUGCGACCCGGAGCAGCAGAGCCCGUCCUGAGUCUGCACUACAGCACUGAGGGUACGACCACCAGCACCAUCAAGCUGGACUUCACAGAUGAGUGGAGUGGCCGGGGCUGUAGCUCCAGGGCGGUCAGUAACAGCAGCAGCCGCAAGGGGGACGAAGUAGACAGCCAGAGCCGUCCGAGCAUGGAGCAGCCAAGCUCACAGGACUCCACCCAGGAGCCUGCUGAUCCGCCUGUAUCAGAAGCCCCCGGGACGAGUGGAAUGGAGCCCGAGACGAGCCCAGCAGAAGCACAGAGCACUGAGAGUGGCCCAGAAAAGGUUCCCACUGGUGUAGAAUGUCCGUUGGGGGAGUCUGGCCCUGACAAACCACCCGCAGAGGGCAUCUUGGACUCACAGACCCCCGAGGCCCCCAGGGAAUCCUUCUGGAGGGGUGAGCCGGUGGGAAGGAGAAGCUCUGCGUCGCAGGGCUCUCAGGGCCGCCAGGACUCUGACGACAGUGAUGACGACCCCAUCCUGAUACACUCGCGGUUCCGCUCAGGACAGAGCCCCAGAUUUAAUUUCAGAGGAUCGGCCGUAGGUGAUAGGAUGAUAAGGCGCUCAGCGGCAGCCCGCAUUCAGGAGCUGUUCCGUAGGAGGAAGGAGAGGCGGGAGAUGGAGGAAAGCGAGACGCAGAACAUCCGCAGGCCCACAGUCAAGAUGGUUUACAAGGGCCACCGCAACUCCAGGACAAUGAUCAAGGAGUCCUGCUUUUGGGGAAACAGCUUUGUGAUGAGCGGGUCUGACUGUGGCCACAUCUUCAUCUGGGACCGGCGUACAGCGGAGCACCUGAUGCUGCUGGAGGCCGACAACCAUGUGGUCAACUGUCUGCAACCCCACCCCUAUGACCCCAUCCUGGCUUCUUCUGGAAUAGACUACGACAUCAAGAUCUGGUCCCCACUGGAAGAGCUGCCAUGCUUCAACAGGGUUCUUGCCGAUGAGGUGAUAGCACGCAAUGAGCUGAUGCUGGAGGAGACCAGAAACACCAUCACAGUCCCUGCCUCCUUCAUGCUGAGGAUGCUAGCCUCACUCAACCACAUCAGGACUGACCGAGCCGAGGGCGAUCGAUCAGAGGGUUCCGGCCAGGAGAACGAAGAAGAGCCAUAGUGACUUGUUCUUUUUAAACUUUUGCUACAGAGUACUUGAACAUUUUGUUUUGUACCAGCGUGGAAUAUUUCUGUAACAGAUCACUAGUGCAAUUUCCAGUCCCUCCCCUUUUUUAGUACUAACGUUUGCGUAAAGCACAGUGUGACCGGGGUCUACGGGCGCGUUGGAACGGGGUCUGGUUCCAGGUUUUAAGAUGCGGCGGGAGCUUGAACAUGUAAAGUGCAAUACCUUUCCUCUGCCCCAAAAGCUGUUGUUUAACCAUUUGAGGUGUGCUUUCUUCAUAGCUGAAGGUUGAAAGACUUUGUAUGCCUGCAUGUAAACUUACGGCCAGAAAUCACACUAAGUAAAGUCUGUUCACACAGUGCUCCCUGGCCUCAAAGAAUGCCAAGGAUGAUGACUCUGCCUUAUCAAUAAAAGGCACUACUGCACAACCCUAA